CAAAGUAUUUUACGUAAUCUUAAUUUAUGUUCUUCCUUCAUUUUCUAUUUAUAGCACAUUCUUCUCUACAAAUUCUCAUAUUCUUUUCGUUGGAUAUAGAUGCCAUGGCUAGCUCAACCAGCUGUAGUCAAGCUGCGGAAAAAAUUGGAAAUAAUCAUGAGCUCACUCCUUUGGAAAAGCAUGUCAUGUUCUUUGAUAUCAAUAAUGAUGGAAUAAUUUACCCUUCAGAAACGUACCAAGCUUUUAGAAAGAUGGGGCGUGGUAUUUUCCGUUCUAUGUUUGCUGCUGUUCUCAUUCAUUUCACUCUCAGUCACAAGACUCGACCGGGAAAAUGCCCAUCUCUACUCUUCCCCAUUGUGGUAGAAAAUAUCAAAUAUGCCAUUCACGGCAGUGAUUCUGGUGCUUAUGACUCUGAAGGGAGGUUUGUGCCAGAGAAGUUUGAGGAGAUCUUUAAGAAGCAUGCAAAUCAAAAUCCAGAUUCCUUAACCUACAACGAAGUGAAAGAACUGCUCAAGACUAACAGAGAACGAAAGGACUACUAUGGAUGGGCAAAUGCUUUUGUAGAUUGGAAGUCUUUAUAUGAUUUAGGAAAAAGUAAUAAUGGCACAUUGACCAAAGAAACCGUCAGAGCUGUCUACGAUGGAAGCCUUUUCGAGCAAAUAGCACAGGAGCAGGCUUCAAAGUAGUGACUCUAGUUCCACUAUUAAUUAAGUAAUUGUAUUCUGUUGUUAAUGCUACUAUUGUUGUUGUCACUAUUAAUGUUACUAUUGGUGUUGUGAUUUUCAUUCUUCCUCA